AUGAGUCCAUGACUGAGUUAUACGCUAGGGUGUCUAUACAGCUCGCAGUAAACGGCACAAGUGAAACUCAUUUCAAGUUUAUUAGCCAUUAGGACACAUAUCGAGUCCACAGUAGACGAAUACGCUGGAAUUGUGUUUAGAAAGUGAAAUCACUUCAAGUUUAUAGCCAGUGGGACACAAACUGAGUCCGUGAGUGAGGGAUACGCUGGGGUGUCUACAACUCGCAGUAAACGGCACAAGUGAAACUCAUUUCAAGUUUAUUAGCCUUUAAGACACAUAUCGAGUCCACAGUUGACGAAUACGCUGGAAUUGUGUUUAGAAAUCGCAGUAAACGGCACAAGUGAAACUCAUUUCAAGUUUAUUAGCCGUUGAGACACAAAGUGAGUCCGUAUUUUACAAAUCGCAGUGAACGGUUCAAGUGAAACCCAUUUCCAACUUAAUUAGCCAGUGAGAACAGCUACUCUGCAGAAUGGGUAGAUCCACGCUAAGGAUGUGGCAUCUUGAAGAGUCGACACACAGAUACUAUGUAAAUGCUAUUUUCUAUAUCUGGCUUGGUGCUGGACUUCUAGCAACCAACAAUUGUGUGGCACAGCAGACCACUCAGUCACUCAGCAGUAGCACACAAGUGACACCGAAUAAUGAAGAGGUAGACCUACCGACAGAAUUUACAGAGCACUUAGUGAAACUGAAGAGCCACUUCUGCAGUUGCCCGGUAGCAAAUGGUACCAAUCCUCACAGCCUGUGUUAUGGUUUGUGUUCCGACUCCGACUCCUCUACGGAAGAACUGGAAUGUUUUGAAGGAGAUCAACAGCAGUGGAAAACUUGCUGUAUGUCACAGAGAGACACUUUGAAAUUCGUCUGCGGAUAUCAAGAUGCCAUAGUGUGUGCUGAUGAGGAUCAGAUAUGUAUGAUGAAUGCAACUCUUCAAGGCAAAUUUAACCAUUCAUUCUGCGUCUGCAAGAAAGACAGUGCAGCAAACAAUACCAAUAAAGAUGGCAGCUGCGUGGUGGAUGAAGGCACAUCACCCACUAAUAAUACUACAGUCCUGGUGAUAGUGAGUUGUCUAGUGGUCGUUUUAGUCAUUCUUGCCAUCGUCUUGAUCUGCUGCGUGUGUCGAAGGUGGGGGACGCGCUCCAAGAGACGAUCGAGAACUUCUACAUUGAAGCUGGAUAAACCAGAAGAUCUUGAAUACGCAUACGCGUACGGUCACCGAGAUCGACCACUAAGCGAGUUACAAGCGACAGAUGACCCCGAUCUCGAUGCCGAUCAAAUUGACCAUUACUACUGCCACCUUAAGCAAGAGGGACGGCCGAACGGACAGGGCAAAGGUCAAGACGACUCCGGACCCGGCCAGAAAGUUCUCACGCAAGACAGGGAUGACAAAGAGUCUGAUAUUGCACACACGUAUUUCGUGCGAGAGAAGAUGUCAACUGAUGAGCCUGCCGAGAUGUGCGGUGAUGUGGAUGAGAAAAUGUCACCAACUGUUGACGAAAAUGACAUUAGCCAGGGCUCAUACAGGGAACAGUCACCGAAAACGGAUUCUGGGUAUGAGGUUGCUAAAAUUAUUGAACCGACAGACAAACCUAAAGCGCAACGGCACAUCAAAAGUUCUGGGUAUGAAGUUGCUAAUGAGCAACGUCAUGGUGACGUCACUACGACAGCAUCCAAUCAGGAGGAAGCACCCAAACAAAAUCGUGACUCUGGGUACGAGGUUGCAACUGUGACGUCAACAGGAAAUGGCGAAGAGGGAAGAAACGUCCCCGAUCGUCACAGCUAUGUCACAUUAGAACCGCCGAACAGAGAACAAUCACCGAAUACGGAUUCUGGGUAUGAGGUUGCUAAAAUUAUCGAACCGGAACUUCAGGAUGAAUACGAUCAUCUUGAACGUAAUGAACCUUUUAAACCAAGAGAGGGCGCGAUUCCUUAAACAAUAAAAAGAGUGGCAGAACAUUAAGUUGGUAAACAUAAUGUAACAGCUUUGCACAAAAUUGACUAUAAAAUUAAUUGUCAUUGUGACAAACAAUAUUUUUUGUUUUGAAAUUACUGUUAAGAAACAAUAAUAUUAUAAAGGUUUGUUGUAACAUUCCAAGUCACCAUUAAUGCUUUUAUCGAUUAGCCUAAAAAUACCACGAGCACAACAUCCUUGGCCCGUAAACGGAAAUAGUUAUUUUCAUGAAGUUCCGAAAAACAUUGAAUUUAUAGAUGUACAUAAAUUUAAAGGUACAGGACACUAUUGGUAAUUACUCAAAAUAACUGCUAUCAUAAAAACUUACACAGUAAAGAGCAACGAAGAGCUUUUGAUUAACGGCUUUCGCUGAAGUAACGUAGUUUUUGAGAAAGAAUUAAUUUUUCAAAAAAAUAUUUGAAUUGAAAUCGAGACCUCAUCAACUUCCAUUUUUCUCUCGCAACUUCGACGACCGAUUGGGUUCAAAUUUGCACACGUUUUUAUCUGAUGCAUAUAAAUAUUGUUGAGAUUCAAGUGAGAAGACUGGGCUUUGACAAUUGCCAAAGAUAGACACAUAAGUUCUCCUGUUGUUUUCAAUGUAAACAAAAACCACACAACCAUGGAAGGAAGGCAACCAACCGUGUGUUACAAGAGAGAGAGAGAGAAAAAAAAACGAUCAAGCAACUUUAUCAGUGGUUUGAUAUGAUUCUAAAUGCACAUGAUACCCAAUUGUAUAAAUGAAAACUGUUAUAUUACUUUGCGUUUCCAUAAGACUAUGGUGACGGGAUAAUUUGUGCUGUAUAAAAAGGUUAGUACUGAUGUACAAUAUAAUUAAAGAACAGUUUCAAGGAAAGCAAUUAAAAACACAUCGACGCUGCAAUAACAGUUACUUCUCAUUCAACGGUCGAAACUCUCUACUCUUUGCAAAAAGUUACUUUUAGUUACAUUGAUAACAAGUUCAUUUUGUUGUCCUCAGAUCCAACGAUUUCCACCAAAAUGUUUAAGGACAUUCUCUGAUGUUUGCACUGAAUAGUAUAGAUGACGUUGCAUCACUUUUAUUUAGGUAGGACUUUAAAUACUUUAAGAGUUUGUGGAAACAGAUUAGUCUUCAA